AUGGCCAUGUCUCAAAGACUGGUCACAAUUAGCUUCCUCUUCGCGACAAUACUCCUCUUCACUGUACUGUUCACAAGGACAUCCCCUCACUUCUCAAGAUCACCAUCAUUACAGAAUCAUGCAGAUGUUUUUAGUAAUGAUCCCCAUCUAAACUCAAGACUCACUCAUGCCGAAAAACUAUGGAAACGCUCUAUCAAGGCUCGCGAAGAAAUGGUGGAAGUGGUCGGCUACGAUAAAAAAUUUCCCGAUGGAUACAUGAACCCCUUCAACGUCUGGGACUUUGCCCGUCCAAGCUUCUUCUGUCCUCACGAUCUUGAACGCGUCGGGUCAAUCAGCGAUGGCGGCAAGAUAAUCUGCGGCAUGUCACGCUACGAGAAGGAAUGUCCUGGCCCAUCCUCAGACUCAAAUAAAGCAAGGGAAUUCAUCGUCUACUCAUUUGGUGUGAGUGUCGACUCUUCUUUCGAGGCAGAGCUGCUCCAGCGUACGAAUGCUCGGAUAUGGGGAUACGAUGGCACUGUUGAUAAGUGGGCGCAGCAAGUUCCUGAGUGGAUAUGGUCGCGAGCCAAAUUCCAGAGGGCGAUGAUUGGAAUGGUAUCAGAUAGCAAGGCUAGACCGCCCGUGUUUUCGAUACAGGAUCUUAUGAAGGCGAAUGGGCAUUCUUAUGUUGAUCUCAUCAAGAUGGACAUCGAAGGCGCAGAGUUCGACGUUCUCACCUCGUUGAUUGAGUCGGUUAAAGAGCAGAGGCAGAACCGCAACGCGACGUUGCCUUUUGGUCAGUUGCUGGUCGAGAUGCAUCUUAAGCAACCACCAGAAGGCGUGACGGUUCCAAAUGACCUUCGAUCAUGGUUGGAGUGGUGGUAUUCGCUAGAGGAGAUGGGCUUGAGACCUGUAAGCAAUGAGGACAAUUGGAUCGGCGACAGGGUGUAUGGAAUGCCUAGAUUCAUGGAGUACACAUUUAUUAAUGCAGUGGACAAGGAGCGAAACCUGUUACUGUGGACAUGA